CUUCUUCUUUUUCUUUCUAAGGGUGCUUGGGCUUGCUAGGUACCUACCUACCUAGGUAAUCCAGCCCAGUCGAGGCCUGGUGCACUGACCCAGCCAUCGCACUUACACUUGCGCCCCGUGCCUGCACUAAUCAGCUCUCUUCUACCCAGGUAGAUACCUAACCUGUCUACCUACCUAGGUACCUAGAUACCUAGGUGCUUUGUACUACCUACGUACCUACGUACUGAGACUGUGACGCUGCACUCCGCACCUGGCCCAAACCAACCCAUGAUUACGAGUCCCUCCCUCUCUCUCACUCCCGAUGUUGCAAAACCCUCCUGGCUUCCCAUCACUACCUCACUAAUCGUGCUUCUUUUUACACGGCAGACAUUCGCCCAGCUCCAACCUCCUCCGUUCUGUCUUAUACCCUCUUGUUUUUAUUUCUUGGCCCUGGGUCGAAUAGCGUCGUUUUUUCGCAACAUCCUUUUGUUGUUGUUAUUGCCGGCCGCUGCCAGAAGUACAUUCGCUUGUCGAUGCUUUUCCCCAUCCAGGCUUUAGUCCUUUUGCCGAUCCACCUACGCAGCCAGUCUGCUUCGUAACAAUAACCACCACCGCUACCACCGCUACCACCGCUACCACCACCCGCGGCCCUCAUUCCCGAUUUACUCCUCGAACUAUAUUGAACUUUCGCGUCCUAUAAGGCCCUCAUAAACCCCACGAGUACGACCAUCGGUUCGCACCUCCUCCGAGACCCACAUUGCCUGCAUUCACGUCUGCGAAACAACAACCGCUCGAACCCCCCCCCCCCCCCCCC